UCCAUAGAAAUCAUUUCUAUGGACUUUGGAGUAAAUGUCCCGUGUAGUGCAUUUUCUUUUGAGUUAAGGUACUACAAAAAUAUGCAAGUCCCAGUAUUCUUCUUCUUCUUGGGUGAGCUUCUUGUUUAAAGACUUGGGAUUUAGGCCAAUGCCAGUGUCGCGGAAAUCUGGUUUCCACCGGUUAAAAAAUGCUUUAUGAGGAAUCCAAAAAAGCUGCUUCACAUAAAGAAAGUACUGGACAAGUGGACAGUGAUAUAUCAGUCAGACGAAAGGUGUUAGGUGUCCUAGUCAGGCGAAAAUUAUAAACACGAAGGAGAAUCGAACAGCAAGGGAAAAGUUUUAAAACAGCAGCUACUACUAAAACACCGGAUCCGCGUUGUAUUUAUCUAGGUGGCGGUAAAGAUAGUUGGGACAGGUGCGAAAAAACUGAAGACGACCGAACUGAGAGUUGGUAAGAGAAGUUUGAACGUGGUACUUGCAGUGUAGGUUUGGGUGUAGUUGGAUAAGUACUCGUUGUAACGCACAACUUACAAAAGCGAGUGGCAACGUGUAAAGAGAAUAGAUAUAAGCUCGAAGGAAGUUAUGGGUGUUAUAAAGAGUGUGGUGCGGGACGCUAAUCUAACGGCCUACCGCCGUACUGACCAGACUGCCGUGGUCUUUCUUCUCUAGUUUACCAAGUAGGGACUUUAAUUCACUGGCACGAGAAUAUGCGGGCAUGUAUAAAUUACCUUUUGAUUACUCACAGUUUCAGGAUAGGAUAUUUAUACAGUUUAACUAAAAGCAGAAACUAAAGUAUGUCAGGACAAUUGCCGUUGGUUGGUUCCGAAGCAGAGAUAAAGGCGGUGCCUAUAUUGGAUAUGCAGAAAGAUGGACAAGGGUUUGAACCGAUAUUUGAGGUCUUUGGAGAAAUCUUUGAUAAGGUUCGAGAUUUUCCUGUCGCGAUAAUCAGCAUAGCUGGGCCGUUUCGGAAAGGAAAGUCAUUCCUACUGAACCUGCUCGCACAUUACUUGAUGGAGAACCAGUCAUCAACCUGGUUUAAAAUGGGUGACACACAUCCAGCAAGAGUUUUUGAAUGGAAAGGAGGCGUUGAACGAAAUACGGUUGGAAUUCACAUCACAAACAAACCUUUUAUGUUGGAAACAAGCGACAAUAAGAAAGUGGCGGUGUUUUUGAUGGAUACUCAAGGAAUGUUUGAUACGAAAACAACAGCCAAAGAUUGUUCGACGAUAUUUGCUUUGAGUACUUUACUAAGUUCUGUACAAAUCUAUAACUUGACAGAACAAAUUCAUGAGAACGACCUUCAACAGUUUGAGAUUUUCACGAAAUACGCAAAGUAUGCUGCGGAAGAGAAGCAACACGUUAAUUCAUCAACUACACCGUUUCAGAGUCUCAUGCUGCUUAUCAGAAACUGGGAAAAGGCAGAUUUUAAAAGCAGUUUCAAGGGUGGUGCAAAAUACCUUGAAACUGUUAUGAAACCUAAUAUUCAGGAAAACAAAUCUGUUCGCCAGAAUAUAAGGACAUCAUUUUCCGAAGUUGCUUGCUUUCCAAUGGAACACCCGGGAAAGAAAGUGGCAAAAAGGAAAGAAAGUGACGACAGUGGAGUUCCCUUGAAAGAUAUGGAUGACGAUUUUUUACAACAAGUUGACGAAGUUGCCAGAUACUUAUUUAGUCCCGAUCGAUUGGUGAUAAAGCGAUUAAACGGAAAAGUCGUAACUGGCGAACAAUUCAUUGACCUUGCUAUAGAGUAUUCAAAAAUACUAAGCAGUGGGAAAAUGCCGAAAGUGGAAGCUCUUCAUGUGGCUAGCGAAAAAGCUGAGAAGUUUAAACAAAUCAAGCAAAUUGAAGUAGAGUCCAUAGCAGCCAUGGAAAUAAAGGUUGGGGGCAAGUACAUUGACCCAAAAAAGUUAGAACAAUUGCAAAGCGAACAUCUUGCCGCGGCUUUAAAGAAAUAUGACGAAAAUGUUGGAGAAGUCUUCGACGAUGAUGAAAAUAAAACUAACAGAGAGAAAAUGGAAGAUGUUUUUCGGCUUGCACAUUUGAGAAUAUCAGAAAAAAAUAACAAACACAAGGAUUCAGUAAAAGUGGAAAUAUGCAAACGUGCAGCUGAUGCAGCACAAGAUUACAAAGAUCAACUCUUGAAAAAGCAUUUGUCGGCAAGCAAUGAAGAAGACAUGGCAAUAUACAAAAGCGAAUUUAGAAAAUCUCGAUCCAGUUUUCUGCAGUGGGCAAAUCAAACAUUCGAUGUUUCUGUUGUUGGAGAAUGCACGGACGCAAUACAAAAUAAGUUCCUGCGUAAUUUUGAAGAAUUUGAAAGUGAACAACUGAAACAUCAAGUUGAAACGAGAAACGGCGUCCUCAAGUUACGAACAUGUUUAGCGGAAACUUACUUUACAAUUAUGACCGAGAACAAGGAAACAUAUUUGGACGAACCAAAGCUGGAAAAGAUACACCUUGCGACCAAGAAAGCUAUACUGAAUGCUUACGGCAGAAGAGUGAAACCUUCUUUCAAAGAAUAUAAACAACAUAUGGAUGGUCUAACAGAAGACAUUGCUGACCUGUUUAAAAAAGUAAAGGAUAUUAACAGGAAUAGCAAGGUUAUGAGCAAACGUUAUGUGGAUUGCGCCAUGGUGACAGAAAAACACGGGAUGUUUACAUAUGCGAUCAAGCUCGAAAUAGAAAAUGUAGUCGAGAACAAGAAUGUUCGGGAACAGUGCGUUGUGUUGAGCGAAAAGACACUAAACGCAAAGUUCGACGAAGUCAAAGCAAGAAGCUCGCUUUGGAAUAGGGAUGGGUCACCCGCUCAUUCUGUUGGAGUGUUCGGAAAAAUAGGAAAGAAGCUGGGAUUGUUCACAGGAAAAUCUCCAACGAAACUAAUGGAUCUU